AUCCGAAGAAAGGAGGACAGGGGAAAGGGAGCGGGGGCGGGGAGGGAGAGAGGGAGAGAGGGAGAGGAGAGGGAGGGGACGAGGAAGAGGCGAGGCGAGCGCGAUGACGAUCUCGGCGCUGUGAGAAUUGCAAGCCCGCGGCAGAUUCGUUCGCCUGGACCGACCGAACGAAGCUGCGCGUAUGGCAGGGUGGCUCUAGGGCUGGUGGAAAUUGCGGAUUUUCGACUCUCGGGCUGUCGAGCGAAGGGACCGGAGCGGGAUGUAAAUGUUUGUAGCAGUGUGGAUUCUGGUGCAGCUUGAUUUGAGGCAAGGGCCCGGCCGGAGGCGGGAUUGAUUGAUUGCUCGAUUCGGAUGGUGGCGCACAGCUUAGGCGGAUCUGAGUAGUGAUUUGACGGUCCGGCUAGUGAGCACGCCCGGCAGGAAGGGAACCAGCAGGUUGGAAGGACGACCGGGGAGGUCCGUGGAUAGGAGAAUUGAUUCCAGGAUUUGAAAGGGAUGAUUACAGAGUUGCGAGUGGCGAUGGGGAGGAGAAGGAAAGUCAGGGCUUAGUGCGCCGGGGAGGAGGAGAUCGGGGUGGCGAAGAGCGGAAUGCGCACGGGUGGGAACCAUGUACACCAGAGUGAGCACCCGGACUUCUGCCGUGGGAGGGGGCGAGUUCGUUGUGAAAUUGGACCAGGUGCCGCGGUGGAAUGAACAUGAGGGCCGUGCGUUCGAAGUUUCCGAGAGCAAUAGAAGCCAAACCUCGUCUCCAGACCGUACGUUUAUUGAUCCUCUGACUUCUGUAACUGCACCGUCUGAAAGUAGAAAUGCCGGUGGUACGGCCGGAAGAAAUCUUGGUACCGGUAGCUCCAAGUUUUUGUGGGAUGAAGAAAUUAAUUCCAAAGUCUACCUGUGGCGCGGUCAGCCUUGGCCUCUGGAAGUAGAUGCGGUUGUCAACUCAACGAACGAGAAUUUAGACGAAGCCCAAAGUAGUCCUGGAUUACAUCAAGCGGCUGGGCCUGGACUUAUCGAAGAAUGUUCCACAUUGGGCGGUUGCAGAACUGGUUUGGCGAAAGUCACUAGUGGCUAUGACCUGCCUGCAAGGCGUGUCAUACACACAGUAGGCCCCAGAUAUGCACCCAAGUAUCAAACAGCCGCAGAAAACGCCCUGAGUCACUGUUACCGAUCUUGCCUCGAGUUGUUGUUAGAACAAGGCCUUUCAAGUAUUGCCUUUGGUUGUAUUUACACUGAAUCAAAGGGAUAUCCUCGGGAAGCUGCCGCCCAUGUAGCAAUACGGACUGUUCGCCGAUUCCUUGAAAAAUAUAAGGAGAAGAUAACAGCAGUGGUUUUUUGCACUGUCACAACAACUGAUACCGAGAUCUACAAAAGAUUACUUCCACUUUAUUUCCCCCGAGACAAGCAGGAGGAAGACGUUGCGAGUACAAAAUUACCCCCUGACGUCGGGGAUGAAAAUGGAGAGACAGUGAUAACUGAACGGAAAAUCAGAAUAUCUGCUCUUCCUGGAACUGCCCAGUCACCUCUCUCUCCAAAGUGGUCUCCACCUGUGUCUGGAGAUGUGACACCUUAUUACAGACCAUCCGCUGCCAAAAGGAGUGACACUCUGGAUGCCCUCGUGGAUCCCGUCUUCAUGUCUAUGACAAGAGAUCCUGAUCAAAGGAGAAAAGAACAGUGGGAAAGGGCUGUUCAAGCUCAAGCAGGUUGGGGCUGGAGUAAAUGGAUUGGCUUGGGGGGCAUUGGGGCCCCCGCCUUGUCCUACGCUGAAGAGGAUUCAUUGCACGCCAGGUUUCUUGCGCGAGCAAACGCAGUGAAUCUCACAGAAGUCGCUGAGAUGAAAAUCAUAUACCGGGGUGGGACGGACAUGGAUGGUCGGCCAGUCAUGGUCAUCGUUGGUGCACAUUUCCUUCUACGAUGUCUGGACUUGGAGCGGUUUGUCUUGUACGUUGUGAAGGAAUUUGAGGCCUUGAUAUUAAGACCGUAUACUAUCGUUUAUUUCCAUUCAGCAGCCUCUUUACAAUUGCAACCGGAUCUAGGUUGGGUUAAGCGGUUGGAGCAGAUCUUGGGGCGCAGACACAAACACAAUCUCCAUGCAAUAUAUGUACUUCAUCCCACUCUGGGUCUUAGAGCCACUAUCGUCGCCCUGCAAAUGUUGGUUGAACCCGAGGUCUGGAAGAAAGUUGUCUACGUAGAAAGGCUCCUAGACCUCUUUAGAUAUGUUCCACGAGAGCAGUUGACAAUACCUGAUUUUGUGUUUCAGCACGACCUUGAAGUGAAUGGUGAUAAGGGUGUCAACUCUGACGGGAGACCACGAGCAAUCCCCUACAGACCAACGGUCAAAAGAUAGGGUUCCCAGGCUGCCCUUCUGUAUCUAUUCAAUUACCGUUUUUGAGUAUACUGAUCCUAAAUAUUUACCCUGAUGGCUCUUAAAGUGCUGAGCAUCACGAGUGAGUGAGGCUUUCUAGGGUCUUCGCAGUCAGGACCCACAGUGAGUUAUGGUUUUGUAUCAGUAAGUUGUUUCAUAGGUAUAUAUUUGCCAGUGGGGCAAAAGGUUGUGUCUAACAGGUAGUGUUUAAAGCCAUUGCUUGUGAGCUUUUUGAGCACUAUUUUUCCUGGCAAUUCAUUGUCUAACCUUGGGCAUGGUACCCAUAUUGAUGUAUAAAUUAAGAAAGUUAGAGGCGAUCACACUCUUCUGCGAAAAGUGUGUACAUCAGAGGACUUGUCGAAAUGUAGAUUUUCAACUCAUUUUUUCUUUCAUCUCAGUAGUACAGAUUUAUAAUGUAUUUUUCUUAUGUGCAAGUACAGUCUGAUUCUCAUCAUCGACAGAAACAUGUCUAUUCUUUUUUAUCUGAUUUCACUGUUGAGUUCGUGAACUGUUAGUUCAAACGAGUGAGCUUCUUCGGACUCUUACGAGUGCUCGAGAGGUCUUUCAACAAGAAUUGGAAAUGUUAUUAUGGGAGAACCGGAGAUUAUUGUUUUUACUUUCACUAGGCAUAUUUUAUUUUAACUUUUCAAGCCUGUGAUGAAUUUCACCUUGUGCACGUAGGCUUGUGGGUU